AUGGCUGACGACGAACAACUCUCAAUCUACGAUGAAAUCGAGAUCGAAGACAUGACCUACGACCCCAACCUACAAAUAUACCACUACCCCUGCCCGUGCGGUGACCGAUUCGAAAUCCCCAUUGAUUCGCUGCGAGAUGGCGAGGAAAUUGCCGUUUGUCCGAGUUGCAGUUUGAUGAUUCGGGUUAUUUUCGAACCAAAGGAUUUGGUGAAGGAGGAAACGAAGGAAGCCCCUGCGCAGGUCGAAGUCAAAGCGUGA